AUGUGUUCUUUGGAGGUUUACAAUAAAUUUAGGGGGAAGCUCAACCAAAUUCUUACAGAAGGGGAAAGUCUUAUGGAAGAAGAUGAGCUGUUCAUUGAUUUAAUCUCAAAAUCGGAAAACCUUAGGGAUGUUUUAGAUCUUGCAAAAGAUAUGAAGGAGGUAGGAAAUGAUUUUUUCAAGCAAGAAAGUAUAGAGGAUGCUUUGGAGAAGUAUGGCUAUGCUGGGAUUAUUCUUGGGUGUUUUCAGUUUGAUGAGGAUGUUGAUAGACUUGAAUUUUUUGAUAUGGGCAAGUGUAUUCUACUGAAUUCAGCAGCUUGUUUUAGUAAGAAAAUGGAGUAUGGGAUGGUAUGUAGACUGUGUUCGAUUAUAUUGGAGUUUAACCCAUGUAAUGUAAAAGCUUUAUUUAGAAGAGCCAUGACUGCUUUAGAGUUAGGAAGGAGUGAUUUGGCCUAUUGGGACUUGUUUAUGGCUUCCCAUCAGGAACCUAAAACCCAGAGGUAUGUAGGAAGUUGGAGGAGGUUAAAUGUUCCAAUUUAA